GUUUGGAGGCACCCCGAGCUUGAUCUCCGCUUUGCCGGAUGGUGCCUGCCCGCCGGCAGCCUCGGCACAUUCGCAUCUGGAAGCCAACAUGGCAAGGCGGCUGCUGCUGCUGCUGCUGCCGCUGCCGCUGCCGCCCGCCCUCGCCUUCCAGCCAGAAGUGUGCGGCUCUCCUCUAGACUUCUUGCCCAGUGCUCGGCGUCUGAGCAGGCAGGGAUUGCAGUGACACUCACCGAGGGAAGACAAGCAGCAAGUAGCCAAAUCGGGACAACGGAGGAGCAGGGGAAGGCUUUUUUGCCUUCCCUCCUUUUUAUUUCCUCCCCCCCCUCCCUUCCCUUCUGGAUGCAGAGCCUGUGUUUUGAUGCAGAGCCUGUGGAUGCCACGGUCUGGUAAGGAGAUGACACGCCAGUCUCUGGUCCCUUCUACCCCUUGAGCUGGGGACAGGGGCCUGAGGGCAGUGCCGAUUCCUCUCCUCGGGAGCUGGGGGGUGGUCCUCUCCCUCUACCUGAGCAGCGGCAUUAGCAUCGGCCAUGGACAAGCUGCCCCCCUCCAUGCGCAAGAGGCUCUACAGUCUGCCCCAGCAGAUCGGACCCAAGGCGUCGAUCAUGGACGAGGAGGAAGACAGCGACAAGGACACCCGGAGGAAAAGCAUCAGGCUGAAGCCGCUGCCUUCGCCCUCUGCUGGGAGCACCCGAGCAGCCGGGGUAGACCCCGGCAGAGUGGGGGACCCCGGCCUCCUGGAGACGGAGGCGGGCGGCAAGGGAGCCAAGACCAGCACCAACGGGGACUGCCGCCGCUUCAAAGGGAGCCUCUCCUCGCUGACCAGCAGGCACCUCCACGACGCGGCCGAGGAGAAGAGGCUGAUCGGCGGCGAAGGGGAGCCGGCCUCCCCCAGUGAGGACAAGAGCCCCCUCGGCAGCGGGGAGCUGGAGCAGGGACUGCCAGCACCACCUCCACCAGCUUCGCCCCCGGAGCCCCAGCAGCAGCCCCCCAGGUCUUGCUCCUCUACCUCUAUCAAAGUGGAAGGAGGUGGAGGGUGCGACCAGAUCACCCAAGAUGAGGAGCAGAGGCUGGGCCAAACUGGUUUCAUGCAGAGACAGUUCGGGGCCAUGCUCCAACCCGGGGUCAACAAAUUCUCCUUGAGGAUGUUUGGCAGCCAGAAGGCCGUGGAGAGGGAGCAGGAAAGGGUUAAGUCUGCCGGGUUCUGGAUCAUCCAUCCCUACAGCGACUUCAGGUUUUACUGGGAUUUGACCAUGCUGCUCCUGAUGGUAGGGAACCUGAUCAUCAUCCCUGUGGGCAUCACUUUCUUCAAGGAUGAGAACACCACCCCGUGGAUCGUCUUCAACGUGGUCUCAGACACCUUCUUCCUCAUCGACCUCGUCCUCAACUUCCGAACGGGCAUCGUGGUGGAGGACAACACAGAGAUCAUCCUAGACCCUCAGAGGAUCAAGAUGAAGUACCUGAAGAGCUGGUUUGUGGUGGAUUUUAUCUCCUCCAUCCCCGUGGACUAUAUCUUCCUGAUAGUUGAGACCCGCAUCGACUCGGAGGUGUACAAGACGGCUCGGGCCCUGCGCAUCGUCCGCUUCACCAAGAUCCUCAGCCUGCUGCGCCUGCUGCGCCUCUCCCGCCUCAUCCGCUACAUCCACCAGUGGGAGGAGAUCUUCCACAUGACCUACGAUCUGGCCAGCGCCGUGGUGCGGAUUGUCAACCUGAUUGGGAUGAUGCUGCUGCUGUGCCACUGGGACGGCUGCCUCCAGUUCCUUGUGCCUAUGCUGCAGGACUUCCCCGACGACUGUUGGGUGUCCCUCAACCGCAUGGUGAAUGACUCCUGGGGGAAGCAGUAUUCCUAUGCACUGUUCAAGGCCAUGAGCCACAUGCUGUGCAUUGGCUACGGGCAGCAGGCUCCCGUUGGCAUGUCAGACGUGUGGCUCACCAUGCUCAGCAUGAUUGUGGGUGCCACCUGCUAUGCCAUGUUCAUCGGCCACGCCACGGCCCUCAUCCAGUCUCUGGACUCCUCGCGGCGCCAGUACCAGGAGAAGUACAAGCAGGUGGAGCAGUACAUGUCCUUCCACAAGCUCCCCGCGGACAUGCGGCAGCGCAUCCACGACUACUACGAGCACCGCUACCAGGGCAAGAUGUUCGACGAGGAGAGCAUCCUGGGCGAGCUGAGCGAGCCCCUCCGAGAGGAAAUUAUAAACUUCAACUGCAGGAAGCUGGUUGCCUCCAUGCCCCUCUUUGCCAACGCAGAUCCCAACUUUGUGACCUCCAUGCUGACCAAGUUGAGGUUUGAAGUGUUUCAGCCUGGGGACUACAUCAUCCGGGAGGGCACCAUUGGCAAGAAGAUGUACUUCAUCCAGCACGGGGUGGUGAGUGUCCUCACCAAAGGCAACAAGGAGACCAAGCUGGCAGAUGGCUCCUACUUUGGAGAGAUCUGCCUGCUGACGCGCGGGCGGCGCACGGCCAGCGUCAGAGCCGACACCUACUGCCGCCUCUACUCCCUCUCCGUGGACAACUUCAACGAGGUGCUGGAGGAGUAUCCCAUGAUGAGGAGAGCUUUUGAAACCGUGGCUCUGGACAGGCUGGACAGAAUUGGCAAGAAGAAUUCCAUCCUGCUGCAUAAAGUCCAGCACGACCUCAAUUCGGGCGUCUUCAACUACCAGGAGAACGAGAUCAUCCAGCAGAUCGUGCAGCACGACCGGGAGAUGGCACACUGCGCUCACAACGUCCAGGCUGCCGCCGCCGCCGCCGCCUCCACCCCCACCCCUGUCAUCUGGACUCCCUUGAUCCAGGCUCCCCUGCAAGCUGCAGCGGCCACCACUUCUGUUGCCAUAGCUCUGACCCACCACCCACGCCUCCCCACGGCCAUCUUCCGCCCUCCCGUGUCCGUCUUGGGCUCCCUGGGGCAGCAAUCCAACCAGACUCCACGACCCGUGAAGAGGCUUCAGUCUCUGAUCCCCUCAGCUGGCCCUUCUGCCGUCGGCUCUCCCUCCAGCACUCCAUCCCAGCUGCACACCCCGGGAGCAGAAACUCCUUCAUCCUCUUCCUUCCACAUCCAGCAGCUGGCAGGAUUCUCAGCUGCUGCUGGCUUAGGCCAGUUCCAGGUGGGAUCCCCUCCAGGUGGCCCGAGCCAGCCAGGUUUGAGCAGCACAUCCUCGGUGGGACUCAGUCAGUUCCAACAAGCAGCUUCUGGAUCACCCUUAGGUACAGCUCAGCCCUUGCAGCAGCAGCAACAGCAGCAGCAGCAGCAGCAAAGCCUUUCCAGCAGUGGAUUUGGGCACUUCCAGCAAGCCACAACAAGUUCCCCAUCCACCUCACUCACCCAACUCUCAUCAAACUCCCCCCCCAGCCUUCUCCACCAGUUCCAGCCCCCCCCCAGGCAGCUGCCGGGAGGACAGUUACAGCAGCUCUCGGGCAGCGGGACUUUAGGGGGCAUGAAUCACUUCCAACCCCCUCCUUCUUCCAACUCUCCAUCCUCCAGCCUAAGCCAGCUGGCACACGCCUCCGGUGGGCCACCCUCUGGCCCCUGCCAACCCCAUCCAAGUGCAUUAGCAUCUUUGGCUGGAAGCAUAGCCCAGCUCCACCAGGAGCGGCCACCCUUUGCCUCCCCGCUGCAGCAGCCUGCCGGCGCCUCCCCCUCUUACACCCCCUCUGGCCUUAGCCCUCCUAGUCAGAGCCCGGUGGCAACCAGAACUUUUCAGUGCGGCCCUUCUGGGGCCUCAGGCUCUCACGGCUCUCUGCUGCUGCCUCACACCUCCAGCCCAGCGCCUCCGCCCAUCCCGCAAGCCAAGAGCGCAGCGCCGCUGCCGCCGGGACGCCUGAGCCAGGAGGCGAAGCUCAUCUCUGCCUCCCAACCCUCUCUGCCCCAGGAGCUGGCUCAGACGCUGAGCCACCGCAGCUCUCCUCAUUCCUCUCGGGAAUCCGUUUCCAGCUUCUCUCCUUUCCCUGCCGGAGGGAGCGGACUCCUGGCGAAGCCUUGCAGCUCCAUCCCCGGGCGUGUGACUUUGUCGCGGCAGAUGUCCUCAGGUUCCUUACCGCAGCCGCUGGCCUUGGGGACCGGAGCCGCUCCGCUGACUGCCGCCGGGCGGAAAGAAUCCUUAGCGCUCGCUGGGGAGCUGGAACCUGUCAGGUCCAAACUGCCCUCCAAUUUGUGAGGACUCUUGCUGAGAGCUGGGGAGGGGGAUGGGGAGGGGGAGGCACUGUCAGCCGUGCAGUCCGGGUCCCCGGUUAGACUUUCAUCCACCUUAUUUGCCCCCUUUUCCUUCCCCACCUCCUCCUUUAAUUCCUUCUUCCCCCUCCCCCUCCUCCAUUUCUUUUGUUUAGGUUUUGCUAAGGAUUAGAAACAAACAAAAAGACCACAUGGGGGAAAAAAAAAACAGACAAAAAGACCACAAGGGGAAAAAAAUGCAAACAAAAAGACCACAUGGGGAAAAAAAAACAGACAAAAAGACCACAUGGGGGGGAAAAAACACCACAAGGGGGAAAAAAAACAAACAAAAAGACCACAUGGGGAAAAAAAAACACCACAAGGGGGGGAAAAACCAAACAAAAAGACCACAUGGGGAAAAAAAAACCACCACAAGGGGGGAAAAACCCAAACAAAAAGACCACAUGGGGAAAAAAACCAAACAAAAAGACCACAUGGGGAAAAAAAAAAACACCACAAGGGGGGAAAAAACCCAAACAAAAAGACCACAUGGGGAAAAAAACCAAACAAAAACACAACAUGGGGGAAAAAAAACACCACAAGGGGGGAAAAACCCAAACAAAAAGACCACAUGGGGAAAAAAAAGCAGACAAAAAACCACAUGGGAAAAAAAAACCAAACAAAAAGACCACAUGGGGGGAAAAAAACAGACAAAAAAAAGCACAUGGGGGAAAAAAACUCAAACAAAAAGACCACAUGGGGGAAAAAACAGACAAAAAAAAACACAUGGGGGAAAAAAACUCAAACAAAAAGACCACAUGGGGGAAAAAAACCAAACAAAAAGACCACAUGGGGGGGAAAAAAACCAAACAAAACAUCACAUGGGGGAAAAAACCCAAACAAAAAGACCACAUGGGAAAAAAAAACAACAACCAACACCACAAAACCAAACAAAAAACCAAACCAACAAUGACAGAAAGGGGGAAAAAAGA